CUCCUUCACAUUCUUUCUACGGCUUCCGCGAAGUCACGUUCCUUGUGCCAUCAUGAAGUUCUCAACCCCUCUUUCAACGCUUUUCGUACUUGUCCCUUUCAUUUCUCAAGUUUCGGCCUUGGCUGUUCGGCAAGCUGAAUUUCAGCGAGGCGGCAAUGGAGGUGGUAACGGAGGAGGAAACAAUGGCAAUAAUGCGGAACAACAACAAUGCUGGUAACAACAACAAUUCUGGUAACAACAACGCUGCAAGCAGCGCGGCUGCUGCUACGGCUGCUACUGCUACGGCUGCUACUGCUACGGCUGCUACUGCUACGGCUGCUACUGCCGCCGCCGCCGCUAGCAGCAGCACGACCAAUACCUCCUCCAGCAACAACAGUAACAAUGCUCAAACGUCUCUGACUCUCGACCCCGCGGUUAUUGGUGCAGGAUUUGCGCAAGACGGAAACGAAACACCUGUUGAUGGUCAAUCCCCUUCGCUGACGACAACAAACAAUUUUAUCAACUUCUGUUUGACUGUCAACGCUCCUAUUACGAACGGGCAGCAAAUCACAGGUGGCUCAUGUAACCCGAUACCAAUUGGCGCCAUCCCAAGCACCGACAACAUGCCUUCUGCUAAGUUUCAAGUACCCGCCAAUGGUGACACUAUUCAGGAGAACACGGCUUUCACUGUCACGAUGGCUAUCCAGAAUAUGCAAACCGGGGUAUUUGUGAAUGCGGAUACCAACUAUUUCUCUGCUCCCCAGCAGUUGAAUGCACAGGGUCAGAUUAUCGGACACACCCAUGUCGUCAUCGAAGAGCUCGAUUCGCUUACUCAGACGACGCCUACCAACCCCAAGAACUUUGCGUUCUUCAAAGGCAUCGACGGUGCUGCUCAGAAUGGUGCUGUUACUGCUGAUGUUACCAAUGGUCUUCCAGCGGGGGCGUACCGAGUCUGUUCGAUCAACUCGUCGUCAAACCAUCAGCCUGCGAUCGUUCCCAUCGCUCAGCAUGGCAGCUUGGAUGACUGCUCCUACUUCACCGUCUCGGCGAAUGGCCAAGCAUCCAGUAACAAUAGUGCUGCUGCCGCCGCCAGUGCUACCGCCAGUGCUACCGCCAGUGCUACCGCCAAUGCCGCCGCAACCGCGACGGCGACGGCGAGCACUGGAACGAAUAACCAAGGAAAUGGAAAGGGUGGCAAAGGCAAGAACAACCGUCGUAGCGAAUGGAUAGCGCGGGAAUACUAAGUGUUACACCAACUUGGGACUAAUGUCGAGACCGUAUUGGCGGGGCAGGCUCCGACGACUUAGAUU